AGUUCCGAAUUGUACAUGUCGUAUGCAGUGACUGGCUUAUGCACAGCUAUACAGCUACGUACCCUUACAGUUAACUGUUCAUUUUGAUCAGCAUAUCGCUGGAAUUGCGACCUGUGAGUGGAUGUUUUAACUGGUAUAUCUGUAAAGGAGAUAUGUGAACUGCAUUCCUUUCUGAAAGAUAUCUUCUACGAUGGCUACCAACGAAAUUUCUGAAGGUGAAAGCGAGAGUCACUGCAGUUCUGUGGCGUCGAUUGGAUCUUCUAUCUACGCCGUGCCUGACGACAUAUUAAAGACUAUUGUCCAACAUCUUAAUUCAUCUGACCUGUGUCACGUGGCAUCAUGCAGCCGUCGGCUACGCGAUGCAACCAACCAUGAUUCAUUAUGGCGCCCUCUUUGCCAAAGCAGAGGAUGGGAGCACUACGGCAUCACUACAGACCUGGCCAAGAAAGUUUCCUACGGACCUUCCGAUCAAGCAACUGACGCUAGCGAAAUCGAAGCAAGUCGCCUUCCAGACAGCGUCACCUUCCAAAAUGAUAGGAUCGUUACUGAUGACAACACUUCGGGUUUAACCAGCACUUGCAGAUGGAAAGGCGUUUACAUGAGAGCUCACCAUCUAAUAGAAACUGGGCUACGAAUUGCUCUCAUUUCAAGGAAUAAGAUCUAGAUCGAAACACAUUCUCAAGUACCUUCCCAAAAGAUGCUUUUGUCGAUGAGGAUCUUCUGGCAAUGUGUACCUCCAGUGAGACAGUCCACGUCUUCGACAUUCGAAAGGAAACCCAUCAGUGUGUCAUACGUACGACUUUAGCCAACUCGAUGGGAAUGAUCAAGAUCAAAGAUGGCGUAAUGGGGGCGGGUUGUCUAGAUGGGAGAGUCCGUGUGUUCGAUGCCAGGACAGGACAGAUGCUACAUGUGACGGAGGAAUGCUGGCCAGGGAAUAUCAAGUCAUUGUUCUUUGACGGUGAAUUGAUCAUCGCUAGUACGCACGAGAGGGCGAGUUUCUUCACGGAAAGUUGCUACAUUCACUUGUGGGGUGUCCCAGACGGAAAACGACGCCGGCUUACAAUGGAUGAUGCAACAGGGGACGACAGACGGUGUGACUUCGAUUACCGGAAUAAGCUGCUGGCUGCUGCUCACUCUAAUAACUACAUUCACGUAUGGGAUGCGAGUAGCGGAAAGCGUUUGCAUAAACUAAAAUACUUUGGAGAAAAGUCACAAGUCAGACUUGGGGAUAAUGUUGUCGUUGGUUUUAGCGCCGACCGCAAUAGUGAUAUGUACGUCAUUAGCAUUUGGAGUCUGGACACCGGAGAGUGUCAAAAGGAGACAUCGUUUCUGUGUGUUCGACGGUGGACUCCAUACUUGGUGAAUAAUUUGAUAAUAAUACAUGAACAUUUGGACACCCGUUCGUCUAGCGUGAUGUUCGCUUUUGAUCUUCUUGGAACAUUAGUAACUAAAAACACAAUGAUCAAGUCCAAAUAUUAUCAAACUGGAGGAAAUGGAAGUAAGUGCUCCUUCUAUGUAUUAAUCGGCCAAGAUAAAAGAUAUUACAAAGAGGCCAUCUUUGAAGCCACUGCCAGUGGCUUGGUACGACUCUUUGAUGUUGAUCCUGACCAAAGUCAUGGUGAGAUCAUCUGGAUGGACGAAAUCCGAAUAAUUCGCUAUGCAGGCUUACAUAGCAGACUCUUCAUCCAUCACUUCUGGUGAACCAGUGAUCGACACCCUUCAAACAAUAAUGCACUGGUGAUGAUCAUGACUUAAUAAAGUUCGGCCAGAAAUAAUGACACUAGCUUAAAUCCAGGUCUGACUUGCACCCUUUUCACCACAAUAUAGAAGUGGUAGCUAUGGAAUCCAAGCAUACCUACAUCCUCUGCGGUAAAAAGAAAACAGAACAUAACGUUGGAGAACUGAUGGUUUUCAACCGCUUGUCUAUUCCAGUCCAGAGAGCUGUUAUAUAGUCCGAGUGCUCUCUUGGUCAUUUUUUUUUCCGAAUGGACCCUGUUGUUCCAUGUAUAGGAUUUUGGAAAUUGUAUUAGUUGAGAACUGUUCAUGUGACAUAACUGUAUAGUGUCAGUAAUGACGACCUGAUGGACUACCCAGUUCAUCACUCAUGUUCCCCGGGAACAUUGUCUUGGAUCAUUCCGCCCGACUCUUUCGUCCCCCCGGAGUUCAGUGCGUUGGAAUGCCUCUCCCGGUGGUCUCACUUUAUUUGCAGGUGUUGAAGGGGUACUUUUGCAUGGUGUCUAUGGGGCCUAUCAUACGUUCCCCAAUAUCUAUGUUCCCCAACACCUAUGUUCCUCCAAAUCCUUAUAGGGUUAGGGUUGGGGUUGGGGAGCAUAGGUAUUGGGGAACAUACCCGGUUUGUAUUGGGUAACAUAGGUAUGCACCCGUGUCCAUUAUGAAUGUACAUGUACACCACGGUCUCAAUACUGACAGAUAGUCCUACAUGUACACGCCAGUAAAUUUCGGGAUACAGUUUUGGAUUCUGCUAUGCUGUUGCAGCACGUUUUUGGAGACACUUCCCACGCUUGACUCUGAGAAUGUUGAAGGCCUUUUGCUGCGACGACCACUUCCGAAGUUCAAAGACCGUAAGCAUAACGGUGUGUGCACGAUGAGUAGUUUACACUGUAAAAACUUCUGGGUCAAGCUAACCAGAAACCCAGGUCCAAAUUUGCCUAACCCUUUCCGGGUUAAAAAUGACACAUUUCUCUGUCAAUGAUGACCUGGAAAAAGAUAAGGCAAAUUUGGACCCCAAUUCCGAGUCCAUCUGACCCGAGAGUUUAUUAAGAGUUGUAGGCCACAUGUACGUUUUCUCAUAGGAGCCAGAUGGGGAUGCAUUGAAAGCUACCAAUUAGUUUUCAUAAGAAACCGUAUGAGUGAGACAUAUGGGUCCGAUCAUUGUAAGAUUGUGGCCGGGGUCAUAGCAUAUAUUCCCAAUGUAUUUAAUAAACAAAGUAUACGAAAAGGUUUGGGUUAUUCUACACUUAAAAAAAAAGUCCCAGGUAAGAUUUGAUCGGGUAUAAGGAUUCUAUUUGACCUGCUAUUUUUUCAGGUCUAUUAUGACACUUUUGGUGGUCAAUUUUGUAUUGAUAAUUUUUGCCGGGUCAAUUUGACUCGGAAACCUUGGCAUCAGCCGAGCAUUUUAUGCUGAGCAUUCUAUGCGUGCACUGCGACUCAAAAUAGAAUUAAUUUUCUUUUUUAUUCUUUGUGAUAGGUUUUUAUUGUUAAAGGCAUCACCACUUGAAUUUUACACGGGAACAUAUCGAAAUGUAUAUAUGUAUAUUCAAGAAAUAUAUCUUGUGCAACUUUCUAUUCCAGUUAGAUGUACGAUAACUAUUUGACAUCAUUUUUGCUUAAUUUGUUUGAAAAGUGCACUUGUACAAAUAUUUUAAAUGUUCCACGUUUUUUUCCUGACAAGUGAGGGGGUUGUUGUAGUGACAUUUCAUGAACACACGCUUCAUGUGGUUUUUUGUUCUCAUGUGAACCAACAAUUUAAAGUAUUGUCAUUAAAACAAAUGUGACAAACCGUUCCGUACAUUGUGUAGCCUA